AUGCUAGCCGCAAGGGGUCGGGUACCACUUAGCGUAUAUGCAACAGCAUCGAGUGUACAGGUGUAUCUCGAGUGUCACUAUAGGAAACCAGUACAGUCGCCCCUGGAUCAGCUAUUCAGGGGCGCUCAACUAGGGUACUGA